AUGGAUAAACCCAUCAAACUUCGAGACUCUCCUAGUAAAGUACAGCAAAAGCUCGGUCUGAGCAAUCGACAGUUCGACAACUUCAAGAACUUUGUCCGAAGAGCCCACGGCGAAUACUGUGGCACACAUCCCGAUUCCAAAUGGGCCAAUGUCAAUGUCAUCUGGACCGCCGUGCCCGAACACGAGAAACUCGAGAUCGUCAGUCUGAUUGACAAACUGUGUACCGAAUCCAACCUAUUCCCUCCUACCACCGGACGAGCUGUAAUCGAAGCUGGUAUUGAACAGAGGAUACACCGGGUGCGACGUACUUGGCAGCAGACGUCAAGAGCAAAGACAAAAGAAGCGAAUCCUAAAGACGUCUCUAAUAAGUUGAUACGGUGA